AUGUCUCCACUACAAUAUCCCUUCCAUGCUUUCCUCUCCACGAUGUCCACUCCACGAUACCUACCGUCGGACCUACCGUUGUACCUACAGUCGGACCUACCGUCGGACCUACCGCCGGACCUACCGUUGCACCCGCCUACCGUCGGACCUACCGUCGGACCUACCGUCGGACCAGCCGUCGGACCUACCGUCGGACCUACCGUCGGACUUACCGUCGGAUCUACCGUCGGACCUACCGUCGGACCUACCAUCGGGCCUACCGUCGGACCUACCGUCGGACCUACCGUUGGACCUACCGUCAGACCUACCUUCGUGCCUAUAGUCGUGCCUCCACUCCUCAACAGUCCCCAGUCCUCGUUCCCUCCACCUUCCACCAGCCCCACUCCUCCCCACUCGCUGCCCUCCCCUCCCCCACUCGCCAUUUUGUCCCCUCAGGAGGCGGCCACUCACAGGACUCCUAACUUACGACGAGCGUCGCCGGACCAGCGCCUAAAACUCCCCCCUUGGUCCCCCUUUCAAUAA